AUGGUUUGUUUACUCUGCAUACUCCUUAGUAUCUUCAGCAACUUUAGCUAUCCAACGGAAUACAGUACAGGUCCCAUUUGUUCAAAAAGUGGAUAAAGCUAUCCAUCGGAUAAAUCACCGUAUCCACUGGAUAGCGCAAUUGGUUUCCUUAACACUUAUCCGUUGGAUAGUGAUUUAUCCGUUGGAUAGCGCUAUCCAACUUUUGAACAACUGGGGCCAGUUGAUAAUGGCAUAUGCAAAAUGGGAAGAUUUGUAUAGGUUAAUGCAAAAAAGUUUCUCAUAUUUUUACUUAUAGAGUUUGCACUCGUCUUUCUUUCUUUAGUUAUUUAGGACUCAUUUCUUACUAAGUUGGGUUUCGCACUUCUCAGUUUGACUUCUUGAAAUAAGGAGAAAACCCCGGGGGAUACUCCCAUAUAUGGCGGGGCUAGAUUGGUAUGUGCCGCCCCAUAGGGUAUGGUUUGUGAGAGUCUCUAUCCCUAAAUACAUGGGUAUCACUUUUGCAAUUGUUGACGUUAUGUUCCCGGUGUGAUCCUUAGAUAGGUUACCGUUAUGACAUCAGCUAAAAUUCAAGUGGGUAAAUGCCCAGCUACACGAGAAACAAAUUAUCUGUUACAACUUAACUUUUUUGGGAGUAUUAGGGAAGGGAUUAAUGAAGAUUUGUGUAUUUUCAUUAAAUUCUUAGUUUUCCGUUGAAUUGGGUCUCAUUUUUCAGGUCCUGACUCACAAACCUGCGUAGACAUUUUACCCUGUUCAAAUAAUGACAGAUUUCUAAGGAUUCAUACCAUUUCUUUUUACUUAAAAAACCGUAGCAAAUAGAGUGACAUGUUUUUGAUAAGUCCGUAUUUCCUCCCGUGUUUGUAGCCCUUUAAUUAAGUGUCUCCUAUCAAACAAGUUUCACUUCCUUAAUUAUUGCUCCAGUCACUGUUCCUACUCUUCUUCCCCUUUGUCUGUUUCGGUUUUUAUAUCAAUAAAUAAUGUGCCCGUGACGUUUCUCCGUACAGCUCGCUCCACACAGACACUCAGACAAUACGGAAGCCAUGCCGUGUUCUCUAGGUCUUAAAAUUCAAUUCUUGUACUUUUUAUAAUACGUUGUAAUUUUUGUUUUCAUUUUUAAUAGUACUUGGCUGCAACCAUUUCCAUCGCUGUUCAGACAGCUAUAAGUAGUGACCGAUACCUUUCUUUAGCAAGACCAAUGGCUGCGAUUGCCUAUCAUCCAAGAUUUUUUACUCCUUCCUGGAUGAUCCGGCUGGCUUGGACCUACUCCUUAGUGCAGUUUCUACCUACGCUUUAUUUCGCUGAUGUCAAAUCUAUAACCUUCGAUGACAACCAAACAGUAUGUUAUUGUACCACGGUACGUAAUAAUACUUCUCCAGGAAUAGCUUACUUAAUAUCUCUCUCCAUGUCUUCUUUCGUUCUGCCUCUGUUGACGAUGAGUAUUUUAUACUAUAAAGUCGCAAGAGUUGUUUGGAGACGGCAGCAAAAUAUCUCAGUCUCAUCUACCACCAGCUCCAACACGGCGACCUUAAAACUUUUAAUUCAAACGCGAAAACGAGUGACUCUAGCGUCGCUUAUUGUGGUGUUGGUAUUGAUAUGUUGGGCGCCAUUUGUGAUUUACUGUGGCAUUUUAGAUAGAAAUCUAAGAGGAUUUCCUAAUCCUAUGGAUGGUGUUAGGCUUGUAUGGCCUAGGACUGGCCAAUUCAAUGACUAA